UAAAUAUUUUGGUGGCAAGAUGAAUGACUUAAUCUCGAGUUCGUUCAAGAAAUACACGGACCUGAAAGAACAGGCUUACCUGGACGAAAUGGAGGCCGGAACCGAGAGUGUAAACCUCGAUAAAUUCUUUGAAGAUGUUGAGAAUGUAAAGGAAGAUAUGAAAGGUGUUGAAAGGUUGUACAAGGCGUUGCAAGAGGCUAAUGAAGAAUGCAAGACCGCUCAUAAUGCGAAAAUGAUGAAACAACUUCGUUCGCGAAUGGAUACCGAUGUCGAACAGGUGCUUAAACGGGUGAAGAUCAUUAAAGGAAAGCUCGAAGCGUUGGAAAAGUCGAAUGCGGUGAGUCGGAACACUCCAGGUUGUGGCCCUGGUUCGUCUGCGGAUAGGACUAGGACAUCGGUGGUUAGUGGGUUGGGAAAGAAACUGAAAGAUAUGAUGGAUAAUUUUCAAGUGUUAAGAGCAAAGAUGCAAUCGGAGUAUAAAGAAACGGUGGAACGUAGAUAUUUUACCAUUACUGGGGAAAAACCCGAUGAGGACACGAUCGAGAACUUGAUCUCGAGUGGAGAAAGCGAGAGUUUUCUCCAAAGGGCUAUUCAAGAACAAGGAAGGGGUCAGAUUAUGGACACCAUUUCUGAAAUACAAGAAAGGCAUGAUGCUGUUAAGGAGAUAGAGAAGAACCUGAUUGAACUCCAUCAGAUAUUCUUGGACAUGGCGGCACUCGUUGAAGCUCAAGGUCAACAACUCAACGACAUCGAAAGCCACGUUGCGCAUGCGAGCUCCUUUGUAAGAAGAGGGACCGAACAACUUCAAGAAGCUAGGGAACAUCAAAAGAACUCCAGGAAAUGGAUGUGUAUAGCAAUACUUGCUGCAAUUUUGCUCAUUAUAGUCAUCCUCAUACCACUCUUGCCAACAAUUAUAACUCUAAUUCAAAAGAAGAAGAUGUAAAGGCCAAAAAGAAAACAAAACUUGAAAUGUAUUUAUGUCUAACAAAGUUCAGUUUAGAUGGUACAUAUAGCAAGUUUCAGAGACAGUUAAUUUAAAAAAACA